AGGUUUUCAAAUUAAGACUAAUUCACAUGCGCAGCUGAUUUGGCGUAAAUAUUCAUUCAUAUCUGAAUGACACGCGACAACACACAGUCCGCAAUUCAACUUUAUUUCAUUUUGAGGUCUAUCAAUCUAACGUUAAAUCGAUCGAGACUCAUUAAUAGAUCUAUCCAGAUUGCAAUUCGACUGGGUCAAAAAAUAAAGCCGUGGCGUGAAUCAAGCUAGCCAGAUCUAUAUAGGUGCUACUGAUCAGAAAUGGAGGGCAUCGUGAAAACGAAUUUCUUGACGAUAACCUGUCUCAUUCUCCUCACAGGGCCAGUACAAGGAGUUGAAGCAGGCUGGAUAAAUUCGAUACUGACGGUCACUGGUGGUACUGUCAUCGGAGUCGGUUCUGCUAUGUUCGUUCUACCCGCAGCUUUAGGCCUUGCAGGUUUCACCGCAGCAGGUAUCACAGCCGGGUCCAGUGCCGCAGGAAUGAUGUCAGCAUCAGCAAUAGCAUCGGGCGGAGGGGUUGCCUCGGGAAGCAUAGUAGCGGUGUGUCAGUCAAUUGCUGCUGCUGGAGUUUCUUCAGCUACGACAGCCGUAGUGGGAGCUGCUGGAGGUGUCGCUACAGCAAUUGUCAGAGCUUUUCGUCCUUAAAUCACCACUUCCCUAUAUUGCUGGCAAUGAUCUGUUUUACCUUCAUGCAACAUGAUGGAUGCAGUUAUCAUUAAAACUUAAUACAAUAUCACCACAUUCAUCAUUGGCACAUACAGCAAUAAUUCAUAUCUUUUGGGGCAUUCACAAACAAAAUAUAUACCUUAUCGUUUGUUCAUGAUAAGCGGAUGAUUGACGGAUUGUAAUUUAACUGAUUAUAAUAUGUGUUUAUCAUUAUCUACUUCACUGUAAAAAAUGAAGUGCUAAUUUUCUAGUUCAAAUUUAAACUAGAAAAUCAGCACUCGUGGUGCAGUCACUAUACAAGCACUGUAAGUGUUAAAUUAGCACUUCAUUUUUUAAGUGUUGAAAUUUUAUUUUGAAGUGAUUAAAUAAUAAUUUUCAAAAUGUUAUUAAAAAAAUAGCAGCUUGUACAGUAUUGUCAUUUUUGCAAUUUUAUUGAAUCUAAAGCAAAUAUUAUAUUUCUAUUAUUUGAUGUUGGAAUAAAGGAAUAUCUGCAUUCUGCAAGAAAAUUAA